AUGUCUAUCCCCGGCAUGGGUAGUGAUUUUCAACUGUUCUCCGCUAUGGAGCCCCCUGAGAGGAGAGUAUCACAGGCAGAUUCGAUGUCAUUCGAUCAGACAACCCCAGAUGAUUCUAGCCAGGACUGGACACAAUGGAUGAGAUGGGAUGAUCAGCAAACUUUCCCGGAGUCCAGCAAUGAUUCACCUAUUUCACCAUUCGAUACUGCGUUUACCUCACCAGGUGCAUCGUCUGGACGACAGAAAACCGAUAGCAUGCAGACAGAAUUUUCCCCGGAUAUCUCUCUCGAUUACACAGGGCUGUCACUCGAGUCAUUUUUAGGCCGGCACCCAACUGGUAGGGGCUCCGUGCAGGCCAAGCCCGUGCGAGGCUCAAACAUCCAGCCCGCGCAAUCGGUGUCUGAUUCCCCCGGCUCACCGAUUGUUGUUAGUCGGAAACGCAAGUCCGGUAGUGACGAUGAUGGAUCGACUAUUACCAACAUCGUGUUCAGUGCUAAGCAGGUGCCAUCGAAGAAAAGAGCUCAUAAUGUUAUCGAAAAGAGAUACCGAGCAAAUCUGAAUGAGAAGAUUGCCGAGCUGAGAGACAGUGUUCCCAGCUUGCGGGCUUCUUCCAAGCAGGCAAAUGGCGGCUCGCCUGACGACGAUGACGACGGAAUCACUCCAGCAAGUAAACUCAACAAAGCCUCCAUCCUUUCCAAAGCGACAGAAUACAUCCGCCAUCUAGAGAUCAGGAACAAGAGGCUGGAGGAAGAGAAUACGGCUCUGAAGAUCAGACUGCGUCAGCUGGACAAGGCGGCAGACCAGAUUGUGACCUCCGCAGCAUCUGUUUCGUCACCGAGCAACUGCACAGUGUCCACUGAGUCCGGAGCAAGCUCAUCUCCCAGCGUAUUCUCUCAAGUCGAGGAUGUUGCGAGCGACCAUUCGCCGACCUCCCUCUACCCACCAGAAGGGUUAAUCAAGGUGCCAGACUCUUUCAAACGCAUGCGAGCUACCCCCUCUCGCGACAACUCAUUUUCACAAUCAUACAUUCAGUACGAGAACCCUACCAACAACUCGACGCAAGCGAGUGGGGGCCGUAGACGCUCCCACUUUCCCAAUAAAUACAUGCUUGGUGCCCUUGCUGGGCUUAUGGUCCUGGAAGGGAUGGGCCCGGAAAAGAAGACAGAGUCAACUGCGAAGGGGCUGCUGGCGGUCCCGUUGAAUCUGCUGCAUCGUAUUCCUCUACCACCACAAGUAUACUCCAGUGCUGCCUUUCAUUAUUUCUGGUCCUUGUGGCAUGCGCGCGCAAUUUCUCACUUUUUACUACUUGCGAUCCUUGUCGUCGGCAGUGCUUUCAUUGUCUUUGUAUAUCUCUUUAACUCCGACCCCAGACGCCAAUAUUCAGCAUCAAAGGAAACAUCUGCAGCGGACAUUGCGCUCUCGUCAUGCAACUUCAGACGCCAAGCUUGGCUGACGAGUAUCCAACGAGUCGGUGUGCCGCGCCACAGAUUUUUCCACGAGUGGUACGUGGUCACAUCCAGAUGUUUUGAAUACGUUUUGCGAUGUCUUCUCGGAUGGAAAUUGUACUCCUGGGUCACUGGUGUCACCGAAGAAGAUGAAAGGGGCCGUGUGAAAACUUGGGACAUUGCCAUUGACGCGCAGCUGGCUGGCGGUGACACCGAGAUCAGCAAAAGUCGUCUGGUGCUAACCAUCUUUGCGGCCGGUACACUGCCGCGAAGUCCCAUGAGGAUGAUGCUCAAAGCCCUUCACUGCCGCAUUCUGAUGUGGCGUGUUGGUGAGCCUGGGUCGUGGACAUUCAAGGUCUCGAAUGAUGUUGCCCGAAGUCUGGCACGUUAUCAAUGGGAUCUGGCGCGUGAAAUGAACAAUACUUUACCCCAGGGUCAUGAAGAUGCGCUCCCAAGACAUCUGGCUGCGUUACUCAAAAUCGACUCUGACGACGUCAUGAUUGAUAGCGUCAUUCAAAGGGCAGCCAAUCUGACUUGGAAUCGUCCUACUCAGGAAGGAACAGACGAUGAUGAAGCUUUACUAGAUGUUGUGGAAGAAGAUCCGGCCAUUCAAUCCUCCCUGGAUGCUCUUGCUGCUUGGUGGUCCAGCCAUAUGCUGCAGAGAGCCCUCCUCAGAUAUUUCGAGGUGAGCUCCGGCGGGCCUGAUGUGAAGAAGAACCGCCACAUCUUCAAGACAAAGAUCAAGACAGCCCUUGAUGUUGCUCCUCAACCGUCUGCAGCCCAUGCUCGCGCUCUGGUCGUCAAAGCGGUUUUCUUCGAACAAGACCGUGUGGUCAACAUCGGUAAAGUCCUGGCUGUAUUGCCGAAAGAGAAGGGGAAGACUGAGACGAAUCAGGCAUCCAAUUUCCUUGACUCUUCUCUGCCUAUCUCUAUCCGCGAGGAGAUUUCUAUCGCCGUUCGGUGUGCUAUGAUCGCUGCUAUAUUCACCGCCCGGGCGAACGGCGACACUUCUCUCCCGGCAGCCUUCACAAUGCAACGGGCUAUCGAAUGGUUCAAUCGCUUGCCUCUCGAUCCAGUGGAGCUCACCUUGCUCGAAUUUGCGGCAGUUUAUCAUCUUCUCCAUGUCUUGGCUUCGGAUGUUGACUAUCUGGGAUUCUCAGAUUCAUCGGCACCACCCUCACCUCUGUCACAAGCGUCGGAUGUGUUCUCUUCAGGCGACGAGAGCGAGUCUUCCCGGCGCACGAGACAAGGAAAUGAUAUUAUUCCUAACUCGAUCCCGAAUCUGGGCCGGGUUGCAUCAGAGCUUAUAUACUGGGCUCGCAAUGCGUACAACCCAGCUUUCUAUGGCUUCACCUCUAAUAUUGUGCGAGUUAUCGAAACAGAGUGUAUGUCAUUGUGCCAGAGCGCUGGUGUUGAUGUAGCCAACUACUCUCGUGUACAGGAAGAGAAAAAAAGCAACGUCAGGCAACCGAAAGUGGCCAAGAAAACCGGGCCUGUUGGGCAGCCUAGCGCUAACGAAGAUGGGAAAGAAGACGUUCUGGAUGUUCAAACCACACUCUCAGGAAUUCCGCAAGAUGACGGUGACGAUGGAUGUUCCAGGACUACCGGGCGGGCAAUCCAAUCUGGCGAGAGAUUGGAUUCCAGUUGA